GAAGAAGAAGAAGAGGAGUUCCGGUUGCAUGUCUGAGCAGCUGAAAUCAGGAGGAGACCUGCAGUUUUAUCUGGUUCUGGUUCUGUUUUAGUAAUUUAACAGCCUCGAUCUUUAGAAAAUGUCCAAAUCCCAGCGGCUCAAAGGUCCCGACAAACAGCCGCUGCUGACUUCCACUCGCAGACAGCUGAUCGUCCGUUUGGAGAGAUCCAUACCGGGGUAUGAGCAGCUGAUCGACCGGCGAACAGGACUCCUGAAUCUGGCUUCAAAGCCCGAUGAGCUGCGGAGGACAGACAUCCAGCAGCUGUUGGUGAAUAAAGGAGAUGUUUUUACUGAGCGAGAAGACCACCGCGACCAGCAAAACCAGCAGGACCAGGAGGAGCCACACGUGAAAGAGGAGCAGAUGGAACCAGGCACAGUUCCGAGACCAACAGAGCGUGACGGAGAGGACCGCAGAGGAUCAGAUUCAGACUUUCCUGAACUUGAGAGAGACGACAGCGACAAAGACUGGGACCCUUCAGAUUUACACAAGAGAAUAAAUACAUUAGGAGAAGAGUUCAGCUGCUCUCUGUGUAGUAAAACCUUUACUCAAAGACAAAGUCUGAAAUACCAUUUAAAAACUCACAUAGGAGAGAAACCAUUCAGCUGCUCAGUUUGUAAUAAAAGAUUCAUGCAGAAAGGAAACUUAAAGUAUCACAUGAUUGUGCACUCGGGAGAGAGGCCGUACAGCUGCAGCGUUUGCAGCAGAACUUUUCGGUGGCCGGCGCAGGUCAAAGCUCACAAGUGCAAGUUAUCUGAGCGGUGCCAGAAACAACCCAAGAAAUCACUGAGUUGCUCCAAAUGUGCUGAAACAUUUCCUGACAGAUUGCUGCUGGCAGCCCACAAGAAGGUCCAUCAAGAGAAGAAACUGCUGAGCUGCUCGGUGUGUGGCAUGCAAGCUCGCUUCAGAUCUCAACUGCAGGUUCACAUGAGAAAACACACUGGGGAGAAACCCUACAGCUGCACUAUAUGUGGGAAAAAGUUCUCUCAAGUUGGAAUCACAAAGCAGCACAUGUUGGUACACGCAAAGGAGAAACCAUUCAGCUGCACUGACUGUGGGAAAAGAUUUUCCUGGCAUUUUCAGAUCAAAAGGCACAAGUGUUGUACCAGGUUCUGGCAGUACAGUGGAUCUUCAGCAGUCUGGAACCUGGAUCCAGAAAAACUACGGACAGAUAAAAAGACUGGGGCAGAGACUCAAAUUGCUGACGGUGACAGUACAUUUUGGAUAAAGACCAGGAAACAUCAGUUAGGUUUCACAUACCAGAGAAAUAAAAAAGUCUCUGAAAGUGAUAGAGAACCUAACAUCGAAAAGAAAAUACUGGAUUGUACUGGUGUUAAAACUGAACCCAAACAUGAGAAUGGAGAUGUUUUCAGUCAGAACAAACAUCUGCAGUCAAACGGUCAGAAACAUGAAAACUUGUGGAAUUUUUCUGACACAAAACUGUUAUACUCUGAGAGUCAAAAAGCACUUGAAGACAGAAACACUCAGCAGACACACCUGAGACACUCAACUGCAGAGAAACCAUUCAGCUGCUCAUUCUGUGGGAAAGGAUUUUCUAAUGGAGGAUAUCUGGCACAGCACAUAGCGAUCCAUACAGGAGAGAAACCACUCGGCUGCUUCAUCUGUAAGAAAACUUUCAGUGAGAACUUGGAGCUCAGCAGUCAUGAGUGCGUUGGUGAAUCCUCACAGCAUCAUCAAACUGAGAAAAAGUUCAAUUGUUACUUCAGACGUCACCCAAGAUGUUCGGUGUGUAACGCUGGUUUUAGUGACAGAGACUCUCUAGUUCAACAUAUGAGAAGCCACACAAGACAAACACAGUUUAUCUGUUCAAUUUGUGGAAAAGACUUUGCAUGGAGAAGACAUCUGACCAAACACAUGGAAAAUCAUGUGAAAAAGAAACUGUACCAUUGCAGAAUUUGUUGCAGGAAAUUCACUUGCCCAAAGAAACUCAGUCACCAUUGGUGUGUUCAUCGUUCAUCACAGCUUCAUCACAGUGGCUCGGCUGAACACAUGGAGGCUGAUGGAGAGAACUGUAGAGAACCAGAGCAAAAUCCACUUUUACAAGAGGACACUGAAAACAAGGCUGCAGAUUCUUCUGAUGCUGACACUGAUGACAGCGACUGUUGGAAAGAAAACAGAAGCGCUCAGUUUACUUUUGAGAAACAUCGCAAAGUCCCUGAAAGCAAUGCAACACUUUACAGAAAGACUUUCAUACAACAGCUUGUAUGUGGACAAGAUCUGAGUCAACACACAGAGUUCCAUACAGAGAUACCGAGGGAAGAGGAGCAGGAAGAACUGAUGCCCACAGAUGUUAAAGAGGAGCAGGAAGAACCGGUGCCCACAGAUAUUAAAGAGGAGCAGGAAGAACCGGUGCCCACAGAUAUUAAAGAGGAGCAGGAAGAACCGGUGCCCACAGAUAUUAAAGAGGAGCAGGAUGAACCGGUGCCCACCGAUAUUAAAGAGGAGCAGGAAGAACUGGUGCCCAAAGACAUUAAAGAGGAGCAGGAGGACACUGAUAUCACCAAGUUCACCUUCAGUUCUGUCCCCAUGAAGAUUGAAGAAGCUGAAGAGAAACCUCAGUCCUCACACCUCCAUCAGGGCAACUCUGUGGGACAACCAGAACCAGACCCAGAUCUAGACUCAAAUUUAGGAGGAGUGCAUUUUAAAAGUGACGACAGUGUUGACAGUGAUUUCUGGAAAGACGCCAAGCAGCGUCAGUCAGGAAAUAAUUCUGGUAGAAACUUGUAUAGCUCAUCUGAAGAGACGAAUCUCCAGCCGGAGAGCGACGACAGCAUUGACAGUGACUUCUGGAAGGACGACAGGAAUUCUCAGCUGGGUUCAAACUCUCUGAAACGCAAUGGAGUUUCUGACAGUGCGGUGAGAGAUGAUGCCAAGAAGAAGCCAUACAGCUGUACCAAGUGCAGUAAAACAUUUCGUUACGUUUUCCACAUGAAGACUCACAUGAAGCUGCACACAGAGGAGAGGCCAUUCUUUUGCUCUGUCUGUGGUCAGACAUGCCUUUACAAGUCGCACCUGAAGAUCCACAUGAGGACUCACACUGGAGAGAAACCCUUUGUCUGCCCCAUUUGUGGGAAAAAAUAUGCUCACAAAGCCAGCAUGCAGUCACACAUGUCUGAACAUGCCAAACAUUACAGCUGUAGCGUGUGCAACCGAAGCUUUGCCUGGUACACGGAGCUGAAAUACCAUCAGUGUGUCAGAGAAUCAUCACACAAUCAGACGUACAGGAGAGAAACCACAUAGUUUUGAACAAUUUGCUGUGUGACUGAUCCAUCUGAUUGACUGAUUGUUGCAGCUUUUCUGUCUAAACUGUCUUGAAACAACCAGAAAGUGUGUGAAUAUGUUACAUUAAACAAAGUUGUUUGAAGAACUGAUCAAACGGACUCUAAAUCGUCACUUUAAGUUUUCCAUCUAACAAAAGUGAUUCUGUGUUUGAAGGUGAGAAAUACACAUUAUUCUGAUGGUGAGUCUGACUAUAAAGAACAUAUUUCAUUUAAAAAUUGAUGACAGCGUUUAGCAGUGUGGUGCACAAAUCAAUCCUGUUUUUGCUGAUGUGUUUUAUGUUGAAGGCUGAUUAUUUUACUGAUCACUGUAAGGGCUGCAGUAGUGAAGUAUUCAGGGUUAGAGUUGGAAGGCAGAGUAUAUAGUAAAAUAAUAACAAAAAAAGGAUUUAAAAGUAUACAAUGUGAUGGAAACAAUAAAAUGAUUAUGGGAAUUUUAAGAGUAAUGUCAAUGCAAUUUAAUUAAUAAAUUAAAAAUAGACUGCAUCUGAAA